AUGUUUCCGAAUCUCGUCCCUCUGACAUUGGUUCAUUCCAAUCUGUUCCUUCCCCGAGUCGGUGGUGGACGUUCACCCAUCCUUGGCCGUCCCAUUCUGGUGCUACAAGUUAUCCAGGUGACCCCUCAAAGUCGGAGAAGAAGCCCCAAAAUUCUUUCAAGGAUCGUUCCAUGGCAUGGCUUCCGUCUUCUGCUGCCGCCUUUCGGGAGGGCUCGUCCUUUGUCCGCCGUGGUGAAAAAGGACCGGAUUCACCAGAGCAUACCCAGCGUCAUCGCCGUGAUUGGAAUCUGUCAAUCACUCUUCCUACCCCCGUUGCCAACCCGUUUACUCUCACCCAUAACUGCUACUCCCGGAUGGGAGACGCCUUGGACUGCGCGACCUACUGCCCAAGGACCAUCGCGCCCUGAAGAAAGAGACGACGCCUAUGGCUUUGAGGAUGCAGAACGCGCUUCCUCGUCGACGAGUAGUCGGGAUAUCACCGUCUGGCAGCGUCGGAAAAAACGUUUCAGGGCAUUCAUUCUGUCCAAUACUUAUGUUCCUCUGCUUUUUCGUUUCAUCAAUCUCACAUUUACAACCAUUGCUCUUGGUGUCGCUAUAAGAGUACGACAACGAGAACGGGAAUAUGGCAUCAUGGGUGCUCUUGGAAGCUCCCCCACCCUCGUUAUAAUUUUUGCACCGUUGACGCUAGUACACGUCUUGACAGCAGUAUACCUCGAAUACUUCGGCCGUCCCCUAGGUUUGUGGCGAACUUCAGGGAAACUGGCACAUACACUAUUAGAAGUGCUUUUUAUAUGUGCUUGGUCAGCUGCCCUCUCCCUCUGCUUCGACAAUUUCUUCACUUCUCUAGUUCCAUGUGCCUCGCCGUCCGCCACCUCCUGGUACAACGCACUUCCUCGUCCAGCUAGUAACCUUCCCACUUUUGAAGACAGCGUCGGCGAUACCCUUUGCGACAGCCAACUGGCUUUAAUAUGCCUUGUAGGAGUCGGCCUUCUGAUGUACUGCAGCAAUUUGGUGAUAAGCCUUUUCCGAAUAUUCGAAAAGGUCAAAUAUCACCCAACCGCCACAGGUUAUUCAUGA